AUGGGUUCCGUUGUUCUCCCACACUUGCCGACAGCCUGGCACGUUGACCAAGCUAUCCUCUCAGAGGAGGAUCGGCUGGUAGUUAUCCGUUUUGGACGCGACUGGGACAAAGAUUGUAGGCCCUACCACCCCGAUCUGUUGAUCAGUUUCCAGUCAUCUAACUCUCGUCCAGGCAUGGCCCAAGAUGAGGUCCUGUACAAAGUCGCAGACCGGGUAAAAAAUUUCGCUGUCAUCUAUCUCUGCGAUAUCGACCAGGUGCCGGACUUCAAACAAAUGUACGAGCUCUACGACCCGAUGACGAUUAUGUUCUUUUUCCGCAAUAAACAUAUGAUGUGCGACUUUGGCACAGGAAACAACAACAAGUUGAACUGGGUGCUUGAAGACAAACAAGAGUUGAUCGAUAUUAUCGAGGCCAUCUACAGAGGGGCGAAGAAGGGAAGAGGUUUGGUUGUUAGUCCAAAGGAUUACUCCACGAGAUACCGGUAUUAA